CGGGAAGAGGCCCCGGGGCAACGGGACGGCACAGGGGUCCAGCAUCAGCCAUGAAGUACUGCUGAAGAGGCUCAGCUCCCUGGAGGACGUGGUGUACAGGCAGUUGAACGCCCCACCUCAGGGAGGUCAAAGGUCAGGGUCGACAACAGACGCAGGAGCUUUCAGGGAUUCAGUGCCUUCAGGACUCAUCAGCAGGAUGUUUGCCAAAACAGAGGCUUGAGCACAGCUUGUCACAUUGAAGGAUAGUCACUUUAAUCACUCUGCCACCCACAGACACACAGAGUCACACUAAGAAGAAUCUUAUUUUAUCCCUAAUUUAAAACAGCGAAAGCCUUGAAGCUUCAUUAGCAGCUUGCAGCCUUGAAAUGGAAAGGUUUCUGACUUUCAUCAUCACAUAAAGGGUUUCUUUAAGUGUAUUUUUCUUGACUGAAUACGCUGGAGCUACUGACCCCAGUAGGAGCAGGAAGCCCUGGAAUAGGCCUAUUUUACACAUCCUUACUUAAUGUAGCCUUAUAUUGAUGGUAUUCUGCAUGAAUCUGUGCCAGCAUUUGUCAUAAUGUGAGUUCAGCUCAGAAGUUCACCUGUUUUGACAGCCACUGACUACAUACUGGAUGUCCAUGUGAGGCUGGCAAUGUGAUGGGGAGCCAGGCUAUCAGCUGUCUGUCCAAAUCCCUGGGCCUGAUUGAGGGCUUCGGGGGUCGGGGUAAAGGCGGCCUACCUGCCACGCUGUCUCCGGCUGAGGAGAGCGAUGCCAAAUACCUGAGGGAGAAGUAUGGCUACAACGCAUACCUCAGUGACAGAAUCUCUCUGGAUCGGACCAUACCAGACCACCGGCCCAGCAAAUGCAGAAAGGUCAGCUACCCAAGAGACCUCCCCCAGAUCUCCCUCAUCUUCAUCUUCGUCAACGAGGCUCUGUCCGUGAUCCUGCGCUCAGUCCAUUCGGCUGUCAAUCACACGCCGGCUCAUUUGCUCAAAGACAUCAUCCUGGUGGAUGACAACAGUGAUGACGAGCAGCUGAAAGGACCGCUGGAGGAAUAUGUGAACAAGCGCUACCCCGGCCUGGUGAAGAUCGUCAGGAACCAAAAGAGAGAGGGACUGAUCCGGGCCAGAAUCGAGGGCUGGAAGGUGGCCACUGCCGAGGUGACGGGAUUUUUUGAUGCCCACGUGGAGUUCACACCAUCCUGGGCCGAGCCAGUUCUGGCCAGAAUAAAAGAUGACCACAAGAGGAUCAUUCUGCCCUCCAUCGACAACAUCAAGCAUGACACAUUCGAGGUGGAGCGCUACGAGAACUCGGGCCAUGGCUACAACUGGGAGCUGUGGUGCAUGUACAUCAAUCCACCAAAACAAUGGUGGGACGAGGGGGACAUGUCUGCUCCCAUCAGGACUCCCGCCAUGAUUGGCUGCUCCUUCGUGGCUAACCGCGAUUACUUUGGCGAGCUCGGCCUGCUCGACUCAGGCAUGGAUGUCUAUGGAGGGGAGAACAUCGAAUUGGGCAUCAGGGUGUGGCUGUGUGGAGGUAGUAUGGAAGUGCUGCCUUGUUCCAGGGUGGCUCACAUUGCACGGAUCAAGAAACCCUACCACAGUAACAUAGCUUUCCACACACGGCGCAAUGCUCUUCGCGUGGCUGAGGUCUGGAUGGAUGAGUACAAAUCCAAUGUCUACUUGGCCUGGAACAUCCCAAUGGAGAACCACGGUAUUGAUUACGGAGACAUCUCUCAGAGGGUUGCCCUGAGGAAGAGUCUGCAGUGUAAGAGCUUUGAGUGGUACCUCGACAACGUUUACCCAGAGAUGAGGAGGUACAACAACACGCUGUUCUAUGGCGAGAUUCGUAACUCUAAAGUGAGCCAUCUGUGUAUGGAUCAGGGCAUGAAGGAGAACCACACGGCCACCCUGCAUCCAUGUCAUGGAUGGGGUCCUCAGCUGGGACGUUAUACCAAAGAGGGUCAGCUGUUCCUGGGCCCUCUGGGCAGCACCGGGGAGGACACUCGCUGUGUGGUGGACGAUCAGAUGAGCAGCUUUCCUCAACUCCUCAACUGUGACAAAGUGACCAAUGUGAAGCAGAAGACGUGGCAUUUCUCUCAGAAUGAAUCGAUCAUAAAUCGAGCCACGGGACGCUGUCUGGAGGUGGUGCCGGCUAACGUUUACUUUGGCCACCUGCUGGUCCUGCAGCCCUGCUCCGGGCAGAGGUGGACAAUCAAGAACACCAUGAAGCAGUAGUCGCCUGGCCUAUUUCACUGGGACCAAUGACAUCGAAGGCCAUUUUCAAGAGCUGUCGCCCGACCUCAGCUCGGCCGAGCCACAACUGAUGAGGCAGAGGCUCCACGCCUUUUCAGGAAAAAGGCGUAGGUGGUUUUAAAAGAGAUGUGAGCUGUAAACUUCUCAGCGAUACGAGUUUUGUGAAAAUGGUUGGGUUUUUUUUUUUUUUACAAACUUGACGUUCAAAAUGAUGCAAGUUUCGCAUGAGAACUGUUUCUCUCUCCAUCUGAAUUUGUCAAACUUUUAAAUGUGAUGUUGCCAUAAUUCCUGUGUGUGUGCCACUUCUCUACAAUGUUGUUUAAGGAUGGAGAUUUGAUCAGCCAAAACUGUGUUCUGUCUUAUGUGAGGAAAAAAAAAAAAGGCGUUUAUCUUCAUCAUCAAAAUGUCUCUGAUUAUUUCAUUCUGUAUUAUGACAUUAUGUCUUUCAAGAUGUAUAGAAUAAUAAAACAGCUGAAAUUACAUUUUCAGUAAUAUGCACUGACCAUGAUACAUUGGUAGUUUGUGUUAGGCUUCAUCAGUGGUUCUCAACUUUUUACCUUAAGAAACUUGAAAAUGAAGGAGUGCCAACUCAUGACAGGCAUAAAUUUAACAGUGAAUUAAAUAUCAAAGCCCAAAAAGGGAUUUUUAUUUUCUUCUUACAAAAGUCUAGACCCUGUAAAUAUUUAUAAUUUGAAGAAAAAAGCAUUAGCAAAAUAUUACUUGGUGUACUGGGGCCUGUUUUGUUGCUGUCAUUGUAAAUCAUCUCAACAAAAAUCUCAUUGUCGAGGGCUAUUGGGCUAAAUCAUGGUUUCAUAUGUUGUGGAUGCAUUUGUCUUUUACUGUCAUUUUUACUUAAAAGGAUUCUGUACCACCAAAUGCAGAACAUCUUGUAGCAUGAUUGUAAGUACUGUAUGCACAUGGGGACGACGUUUAGUUGAGCUGAGGCAAUUUAUUCUGUUACUUGCUGAGUGCCAUAACUACUGCAGACGGCCAAAACUAAUGAAGCACUUUUUUUGGACACAGAGAUAGAGCUGCAGACUAUGAGAGGAAGAUUGAAAUCAGGAAUGGAAAAAAAAAAAUGCACAAGUGUAUAGACUGUGGAGGCUGGAGGCCUUUAAGGCCAGUGUUGUUAAUGUAUUGAGAUGUAUAUGAUGUCAUAUAUCCAAUUAAUUCAAUGUUAUCAGUUGGAUUUUUGCUCCUGAGAUUGUCUUCCAAUAAACAACUGGUUUCCUGGUU